UCCAGGGUGAACCAUGGGGCUGCUGGGCUCUUGGCAGGGAGGGCAAAGAAGGGCAGAGAGUGAGAGGGAUGUUCGCUGCCCUCUUCAGCCUGGGAAGCCUGGUCCACGGAGGGAAUCUGGGCAGAGAUCGCCCUGGGCCGUGGGCCCUGCUGCUGAGGACCUGCCUUCCCCACCGUGACGUGGGGGCCCACCAGGAUGAGCAAACUGCCCGGGGAGCUGACCUGCGACUUGGAGCGCAGCCUGCCAGCCGUGGCGUCCCUGGGCUCGUCAUUGUCCCAUAGCCAAAGCCUCUCAUCACACUUCCUCCCACCACCUCCAGAGAAGCGCAGGGCCAUCUCUGAUGUCCGCCGCACCUUCUGCCUCUUUGUCACCUUCGACCUGCUCUUUAUAUCCCUGCUGUGGAUCAUUGAGCUGAAUACCAACACAGGCAUCCGCAAGAACCUGGAACAGGAGAUCAUCCACUACAACUUCAAAACCUCCUUCUUUGACAUCUUUGUCCUGGCCUUCUUCCGCUUCUCUGGGCUACUCCUGGGCUAUGCUGUGCUGCGGCUCCGCCACUGGUGGGUGAUUGCGGUCACUACACUAGUAUCCAGUGCGUUCCUCAUUGUCAAGGUCAUCCUGUCUGAGCUGCUCAGCAAAGGUGCAUUUGGCUACCUGCUUCCCAUCGUCUCCUUUGUCCUUGCCUGGUUGGAGACCUGGUUCCUUGACUUCAAAGUCCUACCCCAGGAGGCUGAGGAGGAGCGAUGGUAUCUUGCUGCCCAGGCUGCUGUUGCACGUGGACCCCUGCUGUUCUCUGGUGCUCUGUCCGAGGGCCAGUUCUACUCACCCCCAGAAUCCUUUGCAGGGUCUGACAACGAAUCAGAGGAGGAAGUCACCGGGAAGAAAAGUUUCUCUGCCCAGGAGCGAGAGUACCUCCGCCAGGGGAAGGAGGCCACUGCCGUGGUGGACCAGAUCCUGGCCCAGGAGGAGAACUGGAAGUUUGAGAAGAAUAAUGAGUAUGGGGACACCGUGUACAGCAUUGAGGUUCCCUUUCAUGGCAAGACCUUCAUCCUGAAGACCUUCCUGCCCUGCCCUGCGGAGCUGGUGUACCAAGAGGUGAUCCUGCAGCCUGAGAGGAUGGUGCUGUGGAACAAGACAGUGACCGCCUGCCAGAUCCUGCAGCGGGUGGAAGACAACACCCUCAUUUCCUAUGACGUGUCUGCAGGGGCGGCAGGCGGUGUGGUCUCUCCCAGGGACUUCGUGAACGUUCGGCGCAUAGAGCGGCGCAGAGACCGGUACCUGUCAUCAGGCAUUGCCACCACACACUGCGCCAAGCCUCCAACGCACAAAUACGUCAGGGGAGAAAAUGGUCCGGGGGGCUUCGUCGUGCUCAAGUCGGCCAGCAACCCCCGAGUCUGCACCUUUGUCUGGAUUCUUAACACAGAUCUCAAGGGCCGCCUGCCCCGGUACCUCAUCCACCAGAGCCUCGCGGCCACCAUGUUUGAAUUCGCCUUUCACCUGCGGCAGCGCAUUGGAGAGCUGGGGGCCCGGGUGUGAACACGCCCUUCUUCCACCCUGCAGGUCGGGGUCCUGUUGCCGCAGCCUUCAGAGCUAGAAAGGGGCGCUGGUUGGGCUUUCCAUGGCCCACAGAGAACCUGGCCCCAAGCACUGGGCAGCACUUUGGUCCCAAGCUGCUGCCUUCCCCUGAGUCACAGUGCCUGGGGCCUCGGUCCUGAGCAGGUGUGGGCUUGAGCGUUUGGACUCUGGGGGCUGCUGGCUGAAGAAGUGGGGUCUGUCCUGCUGAUGUUUACAUGACGUCCCUACCUUCUGAAGAAGUUGCCGUCCCCUACGUUGCCGGGGACAGAGCUGGGAUGGAAGCUCAGACGAGGUUACAGAGGGCCAGGUCCCUGGGCAGGACAGAGCAAGGCAGAGCAGCCUGUCACCAGUGUUAAAGUGAAGGAGCCUUCAUCUGCCUGCUUUGUCAUCAUGGUUUUUUAGGGUUAUUUAAAGGGUCUGGGACCUUUUUCCAUAUGCACUUGGGGAGGAGUGGGGGCAAGUGAAGGGGCAGUGGGUGCUGGUAGUGACUUUCUGCCUCUCCCAAGUUGUCCCCCUCUCCCAGGGCCUCCUUGGGGACCUUUGUAAUUUGAGCCAAUUAAACACAAGAAUUUAAAA